AUGGCAACCAACAACGAAGAAUCACAGAAUAUAUUAAACGACGACGAGUAUUGUGUGAAAAUUGUGGCCUUGAACGAAGAUCAGGAGGAAACGAUGGGGAAUUUCAUGGAGCAGAGUACGCAACAUGUAUUGGAGAUCGAUGCUCCAAAGCCCAAAAAGAAACAAGCGAAGGGGAAGACUCUUCUGAGCUCUCAGAAGAAGACUAUUCUGAACAAUCAUUUAAUAAAAUGGUUGGAAAAUUUUUGGCAAGCAGAUUCAACUUUAAGAGUAAUGAAACCAUUUUUGAAAAGCGUAAACGAUGCAGCGUUGAAAACGAAGAACAUGAAACUAUUCAAUGUGGGUCAGACACUGCAGAGAAUUAUGAAGGAAUUUUUCAUCUAUAUGAAAACUCAAAACAAAGACUUAACAAAUUGUGGUUACAAUACUUUCGAGGAGUGGUCUUUAAACGAAGGGUUAUCCAUGACGUUUGGGAAGCUCCAAACGAUGGAUUGGGUCGAAGGUUUAGAGAGCACAUUAUUCGACCAUUACAGUACCGCAUUAACCGAACUAGAGGAACGUCAAGCAAAUAUCGAGACGGAAGAUGCGGAGGAGGAGAAUACAACAUUACCGGAAUCUUCAUCAUCGCGGAACACGAAAAACAUUUACACGUCAUCCAUGACUGUUCGUACUCCGGAUCGACAUGCAGAUGUACACACAUCCAAAGAUUGCGCGACUACAUCACAGACGCUAGCACCGCAGAAGAAAUCGAAAUCUGGGCUCAAAGCCAAGUCAGUGACGUUCCAGAAGGAGAAGUCACCCUCUUUGAAGCGGAGAAUUAUAAGAGACAUGGAAGAUUCGGAUCAGGAGGACACUUAUCAGAAGGGGAGUCUAUUUCGAAAAACUGUAGAGGAGGAAAGCGAACCGGAGAUAGACCUAGAGAUACCGAAAACGAAAAGACGCAAACAAAGAAUGUCAACGGAUUCGGAGGAGGACAAUCACACGCCGAACGAAGAGGACUUUACCUCUAUGGUCGCCAGUCAUGCCAGAGCUCACUCCUUAGUAACGAGUACUGGCAAAAUCUGUCAAACUAUUUUAAUAAAGGACGACGACGGAUAUAUCAAUAUAUCGUCGCCGGGAGAGCGUGGAUCGAUGAUUAUAAAGUUAGAGCUCUACCCCUUCAAGGAUUGCGUCAAGUUAAGCAAAAAUCAAUACUGGACGAAGAGAACGUUCAGUUGCUUAGGAGUGAGCUCUGGCGAGGAUUCCCGUGUGCAGAAGUUGGCGAUGAAACUGAAAUACGAACUAACAAAACAGGUAAUGAACCUGAAAGAUGUAAAGGUCGAGAAAAAGGUUCAAACCGGUUGGAAAGGUUUCUAA